AUGAGUCUUGAUCUUGAAGAUUUGCAAAGAAAAAUCGACGAAACAUUCAAAGAACUGGAGGUGGCGAUGCAACGUGAAACUGCUGAGUCGAAAGCGAUUGAAGAAGGUACCAAUAACAAGGAACUCCCGGUCAGUAAAGGCCUAGACUACCCCGAGAUCACGACAAAAGUGAGACAAGUCAACUUAGCUGUUGAACCAUCAAGCAGUGAAAAGUCUGGUAAGGCAUGCAUGCCAUUCAAUAAUCUGAUCUUUGGUGAGCCUUCGGUUAUGGAGUGUUGUCAGGGCAAGAAAAACAAGCUGAUGAAGCAACUCGGAUGCCCUGAUCCGGCUAUGUUUUCAGUCUUAGUGUUUAUACUCUCAACAUGGGCGUUUGUAAGGCUCUGGACGCUGGCUGUCACAUUCCCCUCUGAAAAUCAUACCAAACCUCAAAGUUCAAUGUACUAUAUACCCGUAUUCUAA